AUGCUAAGCGGUAAAAUACCCGAAACUAGAGAUGAAAAAUGUUGGCUUGUAAUUGGCGCUCAUCAAGCAUGUGCAACUCCAAAACAGAUCGCCAGAAUGUGUGGACUUUCACCUACUCAGGUUAUUCGAAUAAUUGACAAUUUCAAAAGAACAGGAACACCUAAUCCCCCAAAAAGACCAACAAAGAAAGAAAAACUGAAACCCCUAGUAGAAUAUGACGAAGAAGGGAAUUUCAUUGACAGUAGUGAUGAAGAAGCUAAUAAUGAUGAAGAUAUGGCCGAGGUUUGCAACUUGUAA